CAUGAACCCGGACAUGAAUCUUGUGCUAUGCUAUAAACGUAGCCGAUUCGAUAACAUAAUCAACGCGUUGUCAUUUAUUUGUGGUAACGCUGGCAUUUUUUCUUGCUAGCGUCACUUUAGUUGUUUUUAACGUUCUUUUUUUUAAACAAGACUCAUUUUAACUGAAGAUGGGAGUCCCCGCAUUUUUCCGCUGGUUGAGUCGGAAGUAUCCGUCUAUAAUUGUACACUGCGUGGAGGAGAAGUCUAAAGAGUGCAACGGAGUCCGGAUACCUGUCGAUACAACGAAGCCCAACCCAAAUGAGGUGGAGUUUGAUAACCUCUAUUUGGACAUGAAUGGAAUCAUCCACCCCUGCACACACCCUGAAGACAAGCCUGCACCCAAGAACGAAGAUGAAAUGAUGGUCGCUAUUUUUGAGUACAUCGACCGGCUCUUCAACAUUAUUCGUCCAAGAAGAGUUCUUUACAUGGCCAUCGAUGGCGUUGCUCCUCGUGCCAAAAUGAACCAGCAGCGAUCCAGAAGAUUCCGAGCCUCCAAAGAAGGAGUGGAGCUUGUGGAAGAAAAAAAGAGAAUGAGAGAGGAAGUUUUGGAGAGAGGUGGUUACCUUCCCCCAGAAGAAAUAAAAGAGCGGUUUGACAGCAACUGCAUCACUCCAGGCACGGAGUUCAUGGACAACUUGGCCAAAUGUUUGCGCUACUACGUUGCAGACCGACUGAGCAAUGAUCCCGGCUGGAGAAAUGUUACAGUCUUUCUGUCUGAUGCCAGUGUUCCUGGAGAAGGGGAACAUAAAAUCAUGGAUUUCAUCAGGAGACAGAGAGCUCAACCCAGUCAUGACCCUAAUACACACCACUGUCUCUGUGGUGCUGAUGCUGAUCUUAUUAUGUUGGGUCUGGCAACGCAUGAGCCCAAUUUCACCAUCAUCCGUGAGGAGUUCAAGCCUAACAAACCCAGACCAUGUUCCCUGUGUGGACAGGUUGGACAUGAAAUUAAAGAGUGCCAGGGUGUUGCCAGGGAGAAGAAAGGAGAGCAUGAUGAAUUUGCUGACAGCCUGCCAGCAUCUGAGCAGGAGUUUAUUUUCAUUCGAUUGUGUGUCCUGCGUGAGUAUCUGGAGCGAGAGUUAACCAUGGCCAGCCUGCCUUUUCCCUUUAACUUUGAGAGAAGUGUUGACGACUGGGUUUUCAUGUGCUUCUUCGUGGGAAAUGAUUUUCUACCACACUUGCCGUCUUUAGAAAUCAGAGAGGGUGCCAUCGACCGGCUUGUGGGUAUUUACAAAGACGUUGUGCACAAGACUGGGGGAUACCUCACAGAAAAUGGUUAUGUCAACCUAGAGAGAGUGGAGCUCAUCAUGCAGGCUGUGGGAGUUGCUGAGGACAACAUAUUCAAAAAGCGCAAAGAAGACGAGGAAAAUUUCAAAAGGAGAACAAAGGAAAAGAAGAAACGCAUGAAGGCAGAACGAGGUCCUGCAUUUGUCACAGGAGGUCAGUUUGCCCCUCGUGCUUUGGGAGGACGAGACCAGCCAAUGCCUGUACACAACGCUCGACAUACAGCAUAUGAUAUGAGGAUGCAGGGCAUUAACUACCAGCAGAACAUGGAUGCUGCCAGUUCAUUAAAAGCCACGUUGAAAAAUGGGGGAAAGGAUCCCGCUGGGCCGAGCAACAGUGCGGACAGCCACGGUGUAAAGAGGAAAGCAGAAAACAGUGACAGCGAGCCAGAGCCUGAAGAUAACGUCAGGUUGUGGGAGUCUGGCUGGAAGCAGCGGUACUACAAAAGCAAAUUUGAUGUGGAUGAGACCGAUGAUGAAUUUCGUAAAAAAGUGGUCAAGGCUUAUGUGGAGGGCCUCUGCUGGGUUCUUAGAUAUUACUACCAGGGCUGUGCAUCCUGGAAGUGGUACUUUCCAUUCCACUACGCACCGUUUGCAUCUGACUUCAAAGACAUCACAGGCAUGUUCACAGACUUUGAAAAAGGGACCAAGCCGUUCAAACCUCUAGAGCAGCUAAUGGGUGUUUUUCCUGCUGCCAGUGGGAACUUCCUGCCACCAACGUGGAGGGAACUGAUGUCCAACCCAGAUUCACCCAUCAUUGACUUCUAUCCUGAAGACUUUGCGAUUGAUUUGAACGGGAAGAAAUACGCCUGGCAGGGUGUUGCUUUGUUGCCGUUUGUUGAUGAACUCAGGCUGCGGGCAGCCUUAGAAAAGGUCUAUCCUGAUUUAAGCUUAGAAGAAGUCAGAAGAAAUAGUCUGGGCAGCGAUGUGUUUUUUGUGGGCAAAACCCACCCUCUGUUUGACUUCAUCGAGGAACUCUAUAGGACAGAAACUAACGAGGGUACUGAGAUUCCUCCAGAGCUGUGCUUUGGUAUCCAAGGUACAUUAUCUCUCGACGAAGAUCCUAUUCUACCAGACAAACCUGUAGAAUCUCCAAUCCCGAUGUUGAGGGAUAUUCCCUGCAGCAGUGCAGUUGGAAUCAGGUUCAUGGAUCCACAGUAUGAAGACAACUAUGUGUUCAAGGCAGUCAUUCUUUCUGGGGCAAAGAUUCCCAAUAAAGUGUUGAAGCCUGGUGACUGGGAAAGGUCUAACAACCAACCAUGGAGGCCCCAAUUGGGCUUUAAUCGUAACCGCCAACAGAUGCACUUGGACCAGUCUUCCUUCAGGACACUGGGCCAUCAUAUAAAUAGCCAUCAACAAGGAGCAGAUCAGCAUGGCCACAGGCCUCCUCGAGUUGCCCCGAACAUGGGCGGGCAGUACAGCAAUGCCCCACCCCCCAGUACAUAUCGCCAAGGAAACUAUCGACCACCUCUUCUAGAUCACCAGCAUUCCAGGCAGCAGGGAUUUCUGAGAAAUGCACCGCCAGCUCACUCACAGCAGAGUCCAUGGCCUCAGCACAGUGGUCAUGGAUGGGAUCGUGCGAUGCAGUCUCAAGUCUCUGCAUACCAGCAUAACAUGCAUAGAGGUCGUGGAGGAGCAGGUGGCUAUCAGCAGCGUCCCCAGGAUGAUCGCAGACCACAGGAGGGUUAUAAUUCAUCGAGAGGUUAUGGUCUGCCUCCACCUGCAAGACGCUACAACUGGAACUGAAUGAUUGCCUUUUCAAAGGAGGAUUCUGUAUUCCUCUUUUUUUUCUUUAAACCUGACUUGUUUUUGGUGGGCUGUUGAUUUGUUUUAAAACAAAAGGAAAAAAACCUGGUUUUACUCAGUAUAACAGUUUUUAUGUACUGAUUUUUGUAAUUCCUGUUAAAUUUAUGAAAUACACAAUCAAAUACA